GAUAAAUGAUCGACAACUAUCGAUUACCAGUUAGUCUCAGCCGAAAACAAGCCAUCGUUCCAUCACUAAUGGCUCAAUUCACAACUCUCUACUCCGAGGAUACGGAAUAUUCAGCAGAUUCCGUGGAAUGGUGUCAUGAGGAUGACCUGCAUGCCAAAUACUUUGCCUGUGGCACCUAUCAGCUGGUCGAGGGAGCGGAGGACAAUGCAGAGACUGGCGGAAAACAACGGCCGCGCAAGGGUCGCGUGUAUUUGUACCAGUUCGAUGGAGAGUCUCUGGAACGGCUGCAGUGCAUCGAAACGGCAGCUAUCCUGGACAUGAAAUGGCUGCCCUCGUGGAGCAGCGAAAGUGGUCCCAUUCUGGCCACGGUUACUUCAUUGGGACAGCUGGAAACCUUCGAAUUGUUGAGGGACAAACAGAUCUUGGAGAAGCGCACGUGUUUGGAGCUAAAGGAGAACAAAGAUGUGGAGCCACCACUAGCUCUGGCCUUGGACUGGAAACAGGAGGGCAGUGCCAUUCAGUUGGCAGUUUCCGACUCCAAUGGCGGCUUGAAUUUAAUCAAUUAUAGCCCCACUGGACAACUAACCCUCCAGAAAUCAUGGAAAUGCCAUGGAUUUGAGGCCUGGACCUGUGCCUUCGAUCGCUGGUCACCACACGUUCUGUAUAGCGGCGGCGAUGACAUGCUCCUGCUGGCCCACGAUCUGCGAGCACCGGAGGAACAGAAGAUCUGGACAAAUCGAGCUCACAUGGCCGGUGUCACCUGCCUCUUGAGUCAUCCCAGCCACGAGCAUCACCUGCUGACUGGCAGCUACGAUGAGCAGUUGCGGCUGUUCGACACCCGUGCCAUGAAACGGCCCCUGGCCGAGGUGAACCUGGGCGGCGGUAUUUGGCGUUUGAAACCACAUCCCCUUAAAAAGGAUCUGAUACUCACCGCCUGCAUGUACACCAAUUUCAGUGUGGUGGAGCUGGACGCGAAGAGCCCGGAGUUGCGUCUUCUGGGAGCAUACGAGGAGCACAAAAGCAUUUGUUAUGGAGCCGACUGGGCUCCCACGGGCGAUGAAGCUCUCACAAUGGCCACAUGUUCGUUCUAUGAUCACAAAUUGUGUGUAACCCGGGUGGAUUUAAGUAAUUAAAAGAAUUUAAUAAAAUGUUGCACUAUUAUUUAAAAAGAAGCCCGAACUUUUAGUCUUUUUAUCCAUAAUUUAAAACUUCCAAAAUCAUAGUACAAAGAACAUUUAAAAUAACGGACGUAUUUAUAUUUCUUCAGCCCUAGCUGACUUAUCGAAGCUUGUCGAUAACAAUUAUCGUUUUUAGCGCGUUUUGUUUUUACCAUCUCUAAGCUAAAUUUGAAAUCAAAACAAUAAUAAUACUUUUUCGUGGCAUUUUAAGACUGAGAAAAAAGCUAAUAAUGAGCCAGAUAUCGGGAAGCACACUGGACUCGCAGCGUAUGAUGAUGAUGGAGGCACACAGUUCCCUGAAAACAAUGAUCGAAAAAGCAAAAAUAACACCAAAGGAUAGUCCCCAGAAAUCAGAAGAACUUAAUGGCCGAAUCGUAAAGCUAAUCGAGGCAAUUAAGAAGCGUCACAAAGAGCUGCAGGCGAUGGAAUAAACAAAAAAUGAAUGAGACUGGUUGGGGCGUGCGGUUAAUUUUGGGUUGUUUUAUAAAUACAUAUGUAAAAUAUA